AAAUAGUUUAUUGGGUCAGAUUCAGAAAUUUUUCGUAUAAAAGGCCAAGUCUCCAGCGGAUUAGGUAUCACAUCUCCACUCCUACUACAACUACUCCUACAACAGGAAAUCUCAUCCUCCAAAACCAAUAACUUCACCAUGAAAUCGUUCGCCCUCAUCGCCCUCUUCGUCGCUGGAGCCGCUGCCAACUAUGGCUACUCCCAACCUGCCGUCCGAGUUGAGCCAGUUUCCGUCUCAUACGGUACCCACGCCCCGGCCGCGCCAGCCAUGUCGUACGGAUCAUCCGCACCCGCCGCCUCCAGCUACGGGUCCUCCUCCUACGGAUCCGCCACCCGCGCCGCUGCCGUCCCAAUUACCAGUUUCAACCAUGAAAUCAGAGGCUCCGAACACUCCGCUCUUUCCUACGAGACCGGAAAUGGGAUUCGUAUCACGGACAACACCCAAGUCGUUCAAGGCCGUGGAGGCAGCUACAUGGAUGAGUACGGAAAAAUGGUCCAGUCCACCUCAACCCUUACCAAGAGCGGAGUCGUCUCAUACACCUCCCCGGAAGGUCAACACAUCAACCUCAACUGGGUUGCCGAUGAACAAGGGUACCGUGCUCAAGGAGACCAUUUGCCAACCCCACCCCCAAUCCCCGCUGACAUCGCUGCCUCCCUCCGUGGCGCUUCUUCCUACGGAUCAGUCAAAUCCGGAUAUUAAUUCCUUCGACGCCUCCACUACCCCCAUCGACUCACUCUUCCCAUCGAAUAAUUUUAAUUUUAGAAUUUUAACCCUUCUCCUGUAUUAUACAGCUAUAGUCCCACCACAACAACAGUAACAAUUUCGUACCACGGUACAGUUGUAAACGGAUGAAAGCACGG